UUUAAUAGUCGUCAGGAGGAGAAGGAAGGCAGCGGUAGGUGGCGCUGUCAGUCAUCCGUAAAGCGCUGCAGUCCUGCUCUUUCUCGCGAUAUUUGACACUGACAAGGAAGUCACGCUGUCAUUCCUAAAGCCGGUUUUAGAGCUCAGCGUUUUUCAGUCAAACGCUCUUUCUUAAACGAAUGCAGUCAUAAUUGACUGCUGUACAGAUCGAGAAUGAGAGCGUCACGUGUCAGGCGGUUUUUCCAUUGACUGAGAUGCGUGUCAUCCGCCUAAGUCACAUGGAAUGUGGACGGAUUCACCAGUCAUUCAGCGCCAGAGAUAUUUAUCCUCGUCUACACUUAAGUAUCUCUGCUUUGGUUAUACUUGAAUAAGUAUAGUUUUAAAUAUACCUUCAUACUGACGUUGUAGCACCAUGUAUAACUCGGAGAGGAUCCCUGAAACAAGUAUCGAUCAGAGGGAAACUAAUGGAUGCAGAAACGGCGUGAACUCUGACGGGACAGAUCAGUAUAAAGACCCCGCUGAUUCAAUCCCAAGCAGACCUUCCAGAAGAAUCGUUCUUCACUUUGAUCUCAACAACACAAUCCUUGUAUCUGACGCAGUCACAAGACAAGGAACUGUAGCUGCUCUUGAAUACUUCCUGUCCACGGUGACCUGGGGGCGCAUGACAAAAGGUAAAUGGGAAUGGCUGUCAGAAGCACCAUCUCUGCUCCAGCCUUGUGAGGGCGCCAUCACGUACUACUCUCAGUUUGGGCGAGUGGCAGGCUUUACCACCGUAGGCCCAGGCCGACGUUUCCGGAAGGUCCUUGAUGACCAUCUAGAGCUACUCCGCUGGCCGUCUGACCUACCUGCAGACAAAGAACUUUCUGUUAAAGGAGAAGAUGGGAAGCACUAUCACUGGAUCCUCCCAUCCUUCUUCCAGAUGCUGCAGGACUUGGCUUCACAAGGUGUGGAGUUCUCCAUCCUGUUCCGUACAUUUGGCACAGACCUGCCCCGUGUUCUGAAUGCUGUCAAGCGUACCAUAGAGGAGGGCUCACAUCCGCUCUUCCCUGACCUCCCAGCUCUAAAGCUGAAGGUGAACAUGACUCCUGGACGCAUUAAGUGCAGCAGUAAAGGCACAACACUGAUUCGUGGAGAAGAGCACGUAUCCACAAGGGAUGGAGAACGGCAUGUUUAUCAGUAUCUGAGCUCUGCUGAAGGUCUGGGUGGCUUCCAAGACCACUUUGACUGGUGGGCACGGAACACAUACUCCAUUUUAGGAGGAAAACCGCUCUGGAUUGACCCUUUUGACCCUAAAGUUCAGCAUAUCUUCAUUGAUGACAACAUUCGGCAAAACGAUGAGGACACUAUUGUCCAUCCUAAGGUGUUUCUGGACCCUGAGGGCUUGCAGACUCGAACAGCCUCCACAUCGGAGCUGUAUGAUCUGUGUCUGGUACAGAACGACCUGCUGAAGGCUAUUUCUGAGCCUGGAUAUUUCACCCGACGCAUCCAGAUAUGCAUGGAGAACUAUGAGGGGAACAUCCAAACGGGAUAGCCAGAUGAAGCUCAUGUUAUCCAAGGAAACACAAAUUAUGCAUAAACACAAUCCUAUGGUGUACGCAGAUACGUUCUCUGUUGCAAAUUAACAUGUUUACCUAAUGAAGGAUGUUCAGUCCAUACAUCCGUAUUGAUAUGACCAUCGUAGUCAGAGGUCAUACUGGGCCCCUGAAGAUUUAACAAUCAUAAACAGCACAUGCCAUAGUGUAUGCACACAUUAUUAUGGUCAUAAGCAUUGGCAGCUGCCUCCUAGAUCUAUUUUGUUAUAUGUGCAUGUAAACUGAGGAAUGAAGAUGGUUCAACCAACCGUAUUCUCAGGAACAUUCAGGGGUAGUUUUUUAAUGUUAUUUAUUUUUGAUGCAUUUAAAACAAAUGUUGAAUUUGUAGACUUUUUUUUGUGCACUGACACUAUUAGAGUUUGAAGCUGAUACUAACCAAAGCAGAAUUUGCUACUGUUUCUUACAUGUUAAUUGGAUUGAGUUUCUUAAAGUUUACAUUUAUGCGGUUUUACACAUUAUGUGAUUAUUUAAAUCACAUAUUGCAGUUACAUGCUGAAGUGUCUGCAUCCUCCUUUCUAGUUUUAAACUUCUGACAUACGACUUCUGGUUUCUAAAACAAUGUCUAAUCAUAUUCAGAUUUCCCAACAAUAAUGUGUUCUGAUGCCUUUGGAAUGCAGUUUCACCACUCUUAAUUUUGCAUCCAUUUCCUCUCAUUGUCAUUGGAGGAUGUUAAUCUACUGAAGCUUGUCAUUGCACAGUUACUGCUUUUAGUGUGUAUUGUUAUUUAAUGCAUUAUUUAUGAUGGAUAUUUUGAAGUAGGUUAAUUUGUUGAUUUAUUAUGGUAGUAUUUCCAUUUGGAGAGAGUUGCAAAAAUAAAUUAUUUGAACUUUA